UACGAAUUGUUUAAAACUUUUCAAAGCUAUAUAUAGAGUAACUUCCCUUUUGAAUACGCUCUCUAGUUUGUCCUUCACUGUUGCGGGAGAGCAUCACAACAGAUUGAAGAAAAUGGGUCUGCUACGACACACGCUAAAAAAAGGCCUUUUGGGGCAUCAGGCUCAGGUGAGGCUCUUCCAUGGGUCAAGUGCAGCUGCUGCCAAAAAGGUUGCCAUGAGCAAGUUUGAUCAGGAUACCUUCAUAGAUUAUGAUAAAUAUGAAUACAAAUUAAAAACAGUAAGAGAAAAACUGAAUCGUCCACUGACUCUGUCAGAGAAAAUUUUAUAUGGACACAUUGAUGACCCCAAAACACAGGACAUUGAUAGAGGUGUAAGCUAUCUAAAGCUCAGACCUGACAGAGUUGCUAUGCAGGAUGCCACAGCUCAAAUGGCCAUGUUACAGUUCAUUUCCAGCGGAUUGCCAAAAGUUGCAGUCCCGUCCACCAUUCACUGUGAUCAUUUGAUAGAAGCCCAGAUUGGAGGAACAGAAGAUUUGAAACGAGCUAAGGAUUUAAACAAGGAAGUGUAUGAAUUCUUAGCUACAGCAGGAGCCAAGUAUGGAGUGGGAUUCUGGAAGCCUGGCAGUGGCAUCAUACAUCAGAUCAUUUUGGAAAACUAUGCUUUCCCUGGUGCUCUUGUCAUUGGAACAGACAGUCACACACCAAAUGGAGGUGGUCUGGGAGGUCUGUGUAUUGGAGUAGGUGGAGCCGAUGCUGUGGAUGUGAUGGCUGGACUUCCAUGGGAACUUAAAUGUCCAAAGGUUAUUGGAGUUAAACUGACAGGUAAACUGAGUGGAUGGACCUCUCCCAAAGAUGUUAUCCUUAAAGUGGCAGGGAUCCUUACAGUAAAGGGAGGAACCGGAGCCAUUGUGGAAUACCAUGGCCCAGGGGUUGACUCCAUUUCAUGCACAGGAAUGGGGACCAUUUGCAACAUGGGAGCUGAAAUUGGAGCCACCACUUCCUGCUUCCCGUAUAAUGGCAGAAUGGAGGACUACUUGAGGGCCACCAAUAGAGGAGAGUUAGCAGACUUGGCAAACAAUUACAAAGGUUUCCUGUCACCAGACAAGGAUUGCUUCUAUGAUGAGCUGAUAGAAAUUGAUUUGAGCAAGCUGGAGCCACAUGUUAAUGGACCUUUUACUCCUGACUUGGCUCAUCCAAUCUCAAAACUAGGACAGACAGCUAAAGAUAGCAGUUGGCCUUUGGAUAUUAAAGUUGGUUUGAUUGGCAGUUGCACCAACAGUAGUUACGAAGAUAUGAGUCGAUCGGCCAGCAUUGCUCGUCAGGCAUUAAACAAAGGAGUUAAAUCCAAAAGCAAAUUUACCAUUACACCAGGAUCUGAACAAAUCAGAGCAACUAUUGAAAGAGAUGGACAGGCUGAAACACUUAGACAGAUUGGUGGAGUUGUUUUAGCUAAUGCUUGUGGCCCAUGCAUUGGACAAUGGGAUAGAAAAGAUGUGGCAAAAGGAGAGAAAAACACCAUUGUAACCUCAUAUAAUAGAAAUUUCACAGGCAGAAAUGAUGCUAACCCAGCCACUCAUGCAUUUGUUACUUCCCCUGAAUUAGUGACUGCUCUGUCUAUUGCUGGAACAUUGGACUUCAACCCAGAAACAGAUUCCCUUCUUGCAGCCGAUGGUUCCAAGUUUAAAUUUGAGACCCCAUAUGGGGAUGAGUUGCCCACCAAGGGAUUUGACCCAGGUCAGGACACUUACCAGGCUCCCCCUGCUGAUGGCAGUGGUGUGUCUGUCAAUGUGGAUCCAAACAGCACUCGGCUUCAACUGCUGACACCUUUCGCAAAAUGGGACGGAAAAGAUAUUGAGAAUAUGCCAGUUCUUAUCAAGGUGAAAGGAAAAUGCACAACAGACCACAUCAGUAUGGCCGGUUACUGGCUGAAAUUCAGAGGACAUCUUGACAAUAUCUCAAACAACCUCCUGAUUGGAGCUACAAAUAUUGAAAAUGGAGAAGCAAAUAAUGUGAAGAAUCAACUCAAUGGUCAGUUUGGAACAGUCCCAGAAGUUGCCCGGUUUUACAAAGCCAACAAUGUUCCAUGGUGUGUAAUUGGAGAUGAGAACUACGGAGAGGGAAGCAGUAGAGAGCAUGCUGCUCUAGAGCCCAGACAUUUAGGAGGAAGAGCCAUUAUUGUCAAAAGCUUUGCCAGAAUUCAUGAGACAAAUCUGAAGAAGCAGGGUAUGCUUCCUCUGACAUUUGCUAAUCCUGCUGAUUAUGACAAGAUCCAGCCUUCUGAUCGUAUCUCUCUCAUUGGACUGAAAAACUUGGAACCAGGAAAGCCUCUUCAAUGCAAAAUUACCCACGCCGAUGGUGGCUCAGAAACAAUUGAGCUUAACCACUCCAUGAACGAAGGACAGAUUACAUGGUUCAGAGCAGGAAGUGCCCUCAACAGAAUGGCAGAACUAAAAGCCAGCCAGUGAACUGUGAUCUGAGUUUUACUAACUGUACAUGUAGAUACUGAAGUCAAUUUUUAGCAGCAUUUUUUGUUGUUUCAUGUGAUAUUGCACAGAUGUGGAAUUUGUCCUUGACAAUGAACUGUGAAUGGGACAGAUUUGUUUUUAAAUUGUCUAUUUUGUCAUUUUAAUUUCCAAAUUAUAAAUUAAAUGGUGAUUUUGUCA